AUGCGGCUUCCUAACACAUUGACCUUGUUGCACUCCCUCAGAAGCCUCAAGCUGCACGCUCACAGACUCGAGGCUCUGCCUCAGGAUCUCGGCAAUCUGCUUCUCUUAACGUCGCUCAAGCUGGACGGUUGCCGCUCCUUGGCGUCGCUUCCAGAAUCUUUCGAGAAACUUACCAGUCUGAACCUUCUAUCCAUGAACCACUGCCCGAUGCUGCAGCUGCCUGCUUCCCUCACCAAGCUGCCUUCUCUCACCGUCCUGGAGAUUAGGGUCUGCGACUUUCCUCUCCCGUCACCCGUCGAUUUUCCUCGGCUGUGGAGGCUCGAAUCCGUCUGUCUGGAAGGAGUGACCGGACUGCGCGGGCUAAUCGAGGCGCUAGAGCAUCUGUGGCAGCUCAAGAUUCUAGUGAUCAAAUGCUGCAGCGAUAUCACGUCUCUGCCCGAGUCGCUUUUCCGCCUACCUUCACUUACCAGUCUCACCCUUGAAAUGCCACAACUCUCAGUUCUACCUGACCAUGUUGGGCUGCUGUCAAUGCUGCGGACACUCACGCUGGAUAUGAAGCAGCUCACAAGUCUUCCUUAUUCCAUCGCUCUGGUUACUAUGCUCCAAGAAGUUUCCUUAACUGAUUUCUGGACCUUGCCUUCUCUGCCCGAGGAGUUCGGGCAGCUGAGAGGUCUGGAAACGCUGACCCUGAAACACCUUCACCAACUCACAUGCCUGCCUGAAUCCCUCGGACAGCUGACAGCCCUCCGGGAGCUGAAAAUAGAGGAGUGUAGGCAGCUGCAGCAACUUCCGGACUCCCUAUCCCAGCUAUCUUCUCUCGAGCGCCUGGAGAUUGAGAAGUGCACGGGCCUCACCGCGCUGUCAGAUAACAUGGGGAACGGUCUGCACCGAUUGUGCUAUAUGUGUCUGAACCGCUGCUCGUCUCUCACCCACCUCCCUCCAUCCUUUUCUGGCCUGACGUCCCUCCAAACUCUCAAGAUUAUAAAAGCCAAAGGCUUUAGAGGCAGCCUACUGCUAGACGGCUUCGGCUGCUUGAAAAGCCUCAAGGAGUUGGUGCUUCAAAGCAUGCCUCGCCUAUCUUCCCUACCUGCCUCCUUCUCAGGCAUUUCGUCACUCACCGGCCUCGAUAUUUUAAGUUGCCCUAAAGUAACGGUCCUGCCAGAGGGAAUCGAACGGCUGGAGGCGCUCGAGGUGGUCAAGAUCGCACGGAUGGACGGCUUGAGGGAUCUCCCUGGGUCGUUGGUUAGGCUGCCCCGCCUGCGCGUGCUGGAGGUGCGGGCAUACUGUGGGGUUGGCGCGCUGCUAGGGGAUGAGGUGGUGGCCGAUCGCACCCCCAAGUCUCUGCCUGACUCCUUCGGCAAGCUGUCAGGUCUGCGGGUAUUGAAGCUGGUUUACCUCAUUGCGUUACGGCAGCUGCCUGAGUCUUUCAGGCAGAUGAAAAUGCUUGAGACGCUGGAGAUCGUUUACUGCUACAAGCUGAUGAAGCUUCCAAGUUCUUUCUCGAAUCUGUCCAAGUUACAGUUCUGUAUCCUCACCAAGCUUCGGAUCUCAAAGUUUCCAGCUCACUUCUGGAAGCUGUCGUCCCUCCAAAAGCUGGUGCUCCUGGGGCUGAAGCACGUGCGCAGCUUGCCAGAGUCGAUCUCUAGGCUACCCAAGCUGCAGGUGCUGCGGACGACAGGAGGGCCCCUACAAGGGUACAAGAGGGGGAUGGGGAGGAGGGAAGAGGGAGUGGCGGUUGGUGAAGGAGAGGAGGAUGGAGGAGAGGAGGGAGAGGGUGAGGAGGGUGGAGAUACGGUAGGGGAAGGGGGAGAGGAGGAAGGAGGGGAGGAGGUAGAGAGUGAGGAGGGAGGAGAUGUAGCAGUGGAAGGGGAUGAGGCCGACAGCAAGGCAGAGGAGUAUGCAGAGAGUGAUUUUGAGGAGUUGCAUAUCAUACAUGAUCAUGGCAGGGACAGUGAGGAUGACAGGUACAUAGACGAGGAGGGCUGGGGGUCGAGUGAUGAGGACAAGGAAGAGGAGGAAUAG